AUGGGAAAGUCAAGUCCCGAAUGGGACGAACUGGAGGACUGGCUGAGAGGGAGCAUGCAGAAUCUUAUCCAGCAGGUGCUCGAAGAGGAGGUGACGGAGUUUUUCGGCAGGGCGAAGUCAGCGCGCCGAUCUGAGGCGGACAGCGAUAGCGGUUACCGGAACGGACACGGCAGGCCGAGGAAGUUGACGUUGAGUGGUGGGACGGUAGAGUUGAGGAGGCCCAGAGUGCGCAACACCGACGAGAGGUUCGAGAGCAGGCUACUGCCGCUGUUCGCCAAAAGGACCGCCAAGGUAUCUGAACUGAUACCGCAGCUGUACCUUCACGGGCUGUCUGAGGGAGACUUUGACCUGGCGCUGCGUGGGCUGUUGGGAGAAGAUGCGCCGUUGUCGGCAGCGACGGUGGCGCGACUGAAGGAGAGGUGGAACGGUGAGCUUGCGGAGUGGCGCAGUCGUCGCCUCGAUGAGCACGAGGUCGUCUACGUGUGGGUGGAUGGAGUGUACGUGAAGGCCGGUCUUGAGCGCGAGAAGGCGGCGAUACUGGUUGUGAUCGGGGCCUUGAGCGACGGAACCAAGACGGUAUUGAGCGUCGUACCGGGCUACAGGGAAUCGACGCAGAGCUGGUCGGAAGCGCUCAGGGAUCUGAGGGAUCGCGGGAUGAACUGUCCUAAACUGGUGGUAGGCGACGGUCACCUGGGCAUCUGGGGAGCGUUGCGCAACGUGUAUCCGGACGCCAGGGAGCAGAGGUGCUGGAACCACAAGAUCAUAAACGUUCUGGACAAGCUUCCGAAGAGGCAGCACGAGCAGGCCAAGCUGAUGUUGCGGGGCAUCCCAUACGCCGGGAGUCGUGCGGAGUCGGAGCGUCUGAGGUCGCUGUUUUGCGGCUGGUGUCGUGAGCGCUCCUACGACGGGGCCGCUGAGAGUCUGGAGCGUGACUGGGAUCGAAUGGUGACGUUCUAUGACUUUCCGGCUGAGCACUGGAAGCACGUCAGGACGACGAAUGUUGUGGAGUCGCCCUUUGCGGCUCUGAGACUGCGCACCGAUGCGGCGAAGCGGUUUAAGAGGGUGGACAGGGCGAUAGCUGUGAUCUGGAAGAUGCUGCUGGUGGCGGAGAGCAGGUUCCGGAGGCUGAAGGCGCCGGAACUGAUGAGGGACGUCUACCUGGGUGCCGUCUACAAGGACGGAAUCGUCGUUGAACCGACACCAGAGAAGGUUGCCGCCUGA